CCCGUAAAGUGUAGACCCAUCCCUUUCGUUCACAUUUCUGAGAACCACUGGAUAGAGAUAGAUCUCUCUCUCUCUCUCUCUCUCUCUCUCUACCUCUCUCUCCUCGGUAUACAUCGGGAUCUAUUUUCCAGAAAAUUUGUUGUCUUCAUGGAAAAAUUUAUGAUAUGAUUAAUCUCUGAUACAACUAAUUCCAGAUCGAACGAGUUCGAUCACUGUUUCGAUCCGCCUUAUUGGAAGGUUCACUUGUUGUCAAGACCAUGUCCCAUCAACCAGCGGAUGAUGCUGAAUACAUGGAUGAUGAAUAUGGAAUGGAGGAUGUGGAUGACGAAAUGGACGAGGAGUUUGGUAGAGAGAUGGUUGGCUCAGAUUCUGAUGUGGAUGAAUAUGACUACUUGAAUACUAAGAUGGCAGAUACUUCUGCUGCUCAAGCAAGGAGAGGCAAAGAUAUCCAAGGAAUUCCUUGGGAGAGGCUUAGUAUCACAAGGGAGAAGUAUCGGCAAACUAGGCUAGAACAGUACAAGAACUAUGAGAACAUCCCUCAAUCUGGUGAGGGUUCGGAGAAAGAAUGCAAAGUUACGCAGAAAGGGGGCAUGUAUUAUGAGUUCAGACGCAAUUCUAGAUCUGUCAAGUCGACAAUACUUCAUUUCCAGUUGAGAAACUUGGUAUGGGCUACAUCGAAGCACGAUGUUUACCUCAUGUCACAUUUUCAAGUCGUGCAUUGGUCAUCUUUAACUUGCAACAAGUCUGAGGUUCUCAAUGUAUCGGGACAUGUGGCACCAUGUGAGAAACAUCCUGGAAGCCUGUUGGAAGGGUUUACGCAAACCCAAGUUAGUACGCUUGCUGUAAAAGAUAGGUUGUUAGUUGCUGGAGGAUUUCAGGGAGAACUUAUUUGCAAGCAUCUAGAUAGGCCGGGAGUUUGCUUCUGCACCAGGACGACUUAUGAUGAUAAUGCAAUUACGAACGCUGUUGAGAUAUACUCUACUCCUAGUGGUGCAGCUCAUUUCACAGCUUCAAAUAAUGACUGUGGAAUCAGAGACUUUGAUAUGGAAAGAUUUCAACUUUCUAAACAUUUCAGGUUCCCUUGGCCUGUGAAUCAUACUUCCCUUAGUCCGGAUGGUAAGCUUCUUGUAAUUGUUGGAGAUAACCCAGAUGGUAUAUUGGUGGAUGCUGCGACUGGAAAGACAGUCAUGCCUUUGGUUGGUCACUUGGAUUUCUCAUUUGCCUCAGCAUGGCACCCUAACGGCCUUACUUUUGCCACUGGGAACCAAGACAAGACCUGCCGAAUUUGGGAUGCCCGAAACCUAUCCAAGUCAGUUGCUGCUUUGAAAGGUAAUCUCGGAGCCAUCCGGUCAAUCCGUUUCACAUCUGAUGGCCGCUUCAUGGCAAUGGCAGAGCCCGCCGAUUUUGUCCAUGUAUAUGAUGCUAAAAGUGGGUAUGAGAAAGAGCAGGAGAUAGAUUUCUUUGGUGAGAUUUCGGGCAUGUCUUUUAGUCCUGAUACGGAAUCCCUCUUUAUUGGAGUGUGGGACCGCACAUACGGUAGCCUCCUGGAGUUUGGCCGCCGACAGAACUAUUCAUACCUUGAUUCAAUCAUUUGAGCGUACAAUUGUGUGCUCUACAAAUAAGCGCUAGUAUGACUCAUUUCCUGGUGCUACUCAGAAACCUGCCGGACUGUGGGUUUUGGCGAAAAUGGAAUGUGUUGUGCAAUUCUAGGAUAUUAUUGUUCCUUUGAUAGUUGUGUCUGUUUGAGUUAUCAUAAGUAGUAGGAGGAAAGUGUUGUACAGAAAAGGCUAGGAAGCAUCAGACAUGCAAACAGGUAAACUAGAACCGGGAUUCUCAUGGUACCAGAAAGACUCGCGAUUUCAUUUCACACUGAAAUAUGUAUCUGGGAACAUUAAUUGUUUUGUGCGCUCUCUCAGAAAACUUGAAAUUGGUAUCCGCGGCUAUGAAUUCAGAUUGCAUUGAUUUA